AUGCGGCCGCGCUCCAACUCGGUGGAGCUGCUGCUCUUCGAGGUGCAGAACGCGCUGGACCCCAACUCGGCCUUCGUGCACGCGUGGCACCAGGUGCUGCUCGUGUGCGUCAUCUACGAGAUCACCAUGCUGCCGUACCUCGUCGUGUUCCGGGACAGCGGCGUCUCCAGAGCCACGGCCGAGCUCGUGCUCGUGUACGUCUGCGAGCUGCUCUUCCUCUCGGACGUCUACGUGGAGCUCCACAUGGGCUUCUACGAGGGCGGGGACGUCACGCGGGACGCCACCAAGUCACGACUGAGGUACCUCAAGUCCCCCAGGUUCGUCCUGGACGUCGUGGCGCUGAUACCAGUGAUCCCAAAGUACAUUGCACAGCUGGACGACGUGUACGCCAAGUACUUUGUGGUGCUCAAGAUGUUCAAGGUGCUGGUGGGGAUCCUGCUGCUGUCGCACUUCCUGGCGUGCGUACGAUUCCUCUUUGGAUACGACGAGCAUGGAGAGGACCACUGGCUGCCGCAUAAGCCCGACCACGAGCAGACAGCUCGGACCAAGUACUUGAUGUCCAUCUUCUGGUCGUUUGGAGUGAUGACAGGGCUGUUUGAGGGCGAGCUGCCGCAUACGGUACCAGCCUUUAUAUUCACGAUUUUUGUGGCGAUCUGUGGAUUUCUGCUGUUCACGUACCUGUGCGCCAUGUUCUUCAUGAUUUCCAAGUGCGAGAGCGGCCAGAACGAGGCAUCCGAGGCGCGAAUAAACCAGUUCAAGCACAUGCUGUCCUUCCACCACGUUCCAGAAGAGCUACAACAUCAAGCUAUCGAGUACCUGAAGCGGUACUACACGUACACAGAGUCCAAUGACCGCGAAGCCAUGCGGUUGCUCUGCCCGUCUAUCAGAAAGGAUAUUCAGGUCGCAUUGAUGAAGGACACAGUGGCUAGUGUCGUCAUUUUUGAGGGAUGCAGCGACCAGUUCAUUAUUGCCAUCACCAGUCUGCUGGAAAUGAUUUCGUUACCAGCAUUUUUUGUCGUAUUUCACGCUGGGGAUCGAGGUGACGCCAUGUAUUUCGUGAAUUCUGGCGUCCUCCACGUGCUUGUGAACGGCGUGAAAGUAAGGGAGGAGCGGAAGAACGACUUUUUCGGCGAGAUGAGUAUUUUCUUGAACCGACCUCGUUUCGCCACAGUCGUGACAACAACCUACUGCACGUUAUACAAGUUGGAUCGGUUUCACCUUGAGCGCGUACUAGAUGGCUACCCAGAGUACGCAAACUCGAUCCCAAAUCAAGUGAGGGCAUUGGAACGGAGAAUAUUCAGCGGUAAAUCACAGGAGUCCCCAGAGGGGGCGACUGGGAAAAGGAAAACGAUAUCAAGACUGCUUCGCAAACACGUCCAAAACGAAAAGACCAAGCCGAGUCUGGGGUGGGCUGUGCCAAGUGCCAUGUCGAAAAGGGAGCGAAACCACAGAAAAACGAGCUUGCGGAUGCUCCCAGUAAUGCAGAUCGUGGCUUCGCAGCUCAAUUGGAAACGAGACCCAAAGGCACCGUUUUGGUCUGUUGUCCUGCUGCACAAGGCUAUCGAUUUCGAGUCAAGAAAGCGGAUGUGGUGGAUUCUUGCUCUGGAGAUCAAUCUUAUGUACUUUUGGUUUGUGAUUCCGACACGCCUGGUCUUCGAGGUCCUCGAUUUCGAGAACUGGGUGAUUUCUGUGCUGAACGUACUGAUGGAGAUAGCAUUAUGGAUCGACAUCUACCUGAACUUCAAUUUAUCAUAUAUGGAAAACUCGGAGAAGAUUUGGGAUACAGCCUGGACAGCGCGAAGAUACCUACGCAGUAAGUUUGCCUUUGACCUGCUGUGUGCUCUACCGCACUGGGCUAUGGGCUCGGAGUUUCUCCGUCUUUUGCGAUUGUUACGAAUGUGGCGCGUGAUGGAUCAUCUUAAAGAAGUGGACGAAUAUCUUCAUCUCGACAACAAACGGCGCUUGAUGCUCUUCGGCUGGUUGAUGGUCAUGCUUUACCAUACGUUUGCAUGUUUGCACUUCAGCAUCACGUACGUGGAAGGUUUCAGCACUGGCGCCCACGCGUGGCUCCCAUCCAGCGAUUUACACUUGAGUCGGCUAAAUGAGUCUUACUUCAUCGACUCAGCAAAUGUGACUUACGCAGCUGGCUCUUCCGAGAUUAUUGAGAUUGGCUUGAACCAGUACUUUCGCUCGUUGUAUUACGCGUGCUAUGUGAUCACCGCGCUAGGCAGGCCAGUGGAACCUGCUAGUGAUGUCCAGCUCGGCGCUGCUCUCGUGUUUAUGCUGAUCGGCUUCUUCAUUACGGCCAUCGUGGUCGACAAUGUCCAAAAGAGGUUUACGGCUUCUGCAUUCGAGCAGAAGGAGUUCUUCUCGAAUAGGACGCGAAUUCAAUUAUUUCUGAUGCGACAAAAUGCGCCGCUUGCGAUACACAAGCGGGUGAGCGCUUUCCUUGAUUUUUGGUGGUCAGCCCACCGCGGAGCUGUUAUUGGAUCACUAUUGGAAGAUCUCCCCACGACCAUCAAGAACGAUAUCAUGAAAAGCAUAUGCAAACCUGCACUGCAAACGUUGGCGCUAUUAGCGGGGGUCCGCCCAGUUCUAAACGAAUUGGAGCAGGUACUGAUCGACAACGUCAAAUUCAUCCUCUACGGACAGGGAGAAGUUAUUUAUCGGCAAGGCGAUUUUGCUGGUGGCUUGUUUUUCCUCCUGGAAGGAGAGCUAUGCGUAAUUGCAAAUGGAGGUGCACCCCGCAGUAUCCCACAAGGCAGCUUUAUUGGAACGGCAGUGUUGGACUUUGACAACACUUCGCCUAGUUAUUCGGAGCGUGUUAUGGCAAUUAGCGGGUGCAUCGUCCUCUUCAUAUCGCGAGAACACCUGCAGUUGAUGCGAACUACCUUUCCUGCUCUGCCGGAUGCGUUGGAGGCACUUGAGAAGCGAUUUUUAGACCCCAAGUUUCUCAAGGCAUCUGAAAUGGCGACUUCCGCCAUGACUUCAAACCGCCGCUCGUUCAUUUCCGCUUGGCUCUCAGAUCUUGUGUUCGAUCCUGAUUCUGGGGUUAUCAUUGCCUGGGAAGUCUGGGUGUUUAGUAUGAUGACUUUGCAGUGUCUGCUCACGGUAUCCACAAUAUGCUUUCGCAUGUCUUCGAAGGCGAACGAGAGUGCUGACAUCGUCAUCCUUCUAAUCGAGGUGCUAUUUGUGCUGGACAUGUUUGUGAGAUUUCGGCUGGGGUUUCACGAGUUUGGAAACAAGGUCAUGGAUUUGAGGAUCAUCAAGAAAAACUACAUCCACUCACGGGCUUUCGUCAUUGAUGCAAUCGCUCUGACUCCCCUUUUCUUGAUUGGCUGGGGAUUAGUGGGUCUUGGUCAACAAAGCUUAGAAAUCUUGAGCUUGAACAAGUUGGUACGGCUGUUCAAAGUACCCGCGCAGUUUGCAGCGCUGGAGAACAAGCACCUCAAGUUCACCCUGCAGCUCCGACUCUUCAAAUUGGUGUAUUACACCUUUAUACUUUCUCACACGCUGGGGAGCUUUUGGUUUGACUUUCGCUCGCAUGCCUCUUACAUGCAUAAAGCCUGGGCCAAUGAGUCAACGCACAAUGUUCCAGACACUAUCGGCGUACACUGGCUUCCGGAAGAGACCCUGCUUGAAGAAGGGUUUGCACUGCAGUACUUCACGUCGCUGUUUUGGUCCUUCGGGAUCAUGUCCGCAACUUACCCCGGUGAACUACCCAAGACCAUAUCCCAGUGCUUGUUUAACGCAAUUACCCUUACGCUCGGGUUUUUCCUAUUCGCGUACGUGAUCGGAAACUUCUCGGACAUUAUCGAGCUCAUGGAUGCUGAGAAUCGCGAGUACUACGCGACCCUGAGUUCGUUUCGGCAUCUAUUGGCGCAUUUCAGCCUUCCAACACCGAUCCAAGAGCGGUUUAAAGCCUACUUUUUCUUCAAGCGCUUUCAUUCGAUCACGCAGGAGCAUUUACUCGAGAGCUGCCUUCCCCCGUCUUUGUUGACCGACAUUCGCAUGGUACACUUGCAGCCAAUGAUAGUGAAAGUAUCCUUUCUUCAGGGAAUGAACGGAAGCGUGACACGGAUGCUGGUCUCGCAUUUCAGCCAAGUGAUGGUCGUCAAAGACGAGUUUGUCUACAGAUACGGCGAAGAAGGGAGCGACAUGUACUUCGUUUUUGCUGGACUGCUAGACACACUAAUUCCGCGCGAGGAAGAAAUAAAGCAACGCUCAAGCAUGCUGAAUCAAGUGACCUCCGGCAGCUACUUCGGAGAAAACGCUUUGUUUGUUGACAGUGUGAGGAACGCCUUCGUGCUGGCAAAGUCGACAUCGAUUCUGUACAAACUAUCGCGCAACUCUCUCGAGACGGUGUUCAAUCGCUAUCCGGAGUGGAAGAAGAAAGUAUUUCGAGUGAUUAACUUGCAGCAGCAGCAAAUGCGCUUGACCCACAUCGCAAAGCUGGAGCGACACAACUCGGUAGGCUCUACGAUGACUGAAGAGGACCUCAUGAACGCGUAUGCUGAACGCAUGGAAGAGGCAAGGCUACGUUGUGGCAUACCUCAAUUCAUCUCGGUUCUGCUUCGCGGCGCACCUGCACAAUCUUCCUACCACUUGGCCUGGAUCAAAGCUAUUAUUUUCACCACCUUAUUCAUGUCAAUUGUUGUGCCUUACCGCAUUUCAUUUGACUCGAUGGAACACACCGAAGGGUUACCGGUUAUUGUGCGGGAGGUCGAGAUUUUUUGCGAGGUGCUUUACCUCGCUGAUAUCUGGAUAAAUUGGCGUAUUCAGCGCUCGAGUGAGUCUGUGGAUUUGUACGAGCAAGACCACCGAGAAUCCUACAAGUCGGAGAGGCUUGUGUACGAUGUCGUAGCCGCUAUCCCAUUGGACUACCUGUUUUCUAGCUUUUCCACCGAUCCGAUCUACCGCAUUAAUCGGUGUCUGAAGCUCCGAAAUUUCUUGCACUACAUGGACGAGAUUAAUCGACGCAGCAUUCAUAAAGAGCUGCACCGCCUGCGAACUGCAUCAAUACUCUACGUAGUGCUGAUGUACUGGACCGCAUGCGCGUAUUUUGCUAUCGCUGUAUACGACCACUUUGGUGAUGACUGGAACGCGUGGUUGCCCGAUGCCAGCUUGGCUGAUCCAGAGGGGAAGCACAUCCUGAGGUUGUUGCGGGGGUGCUUUUUCGCGACGACUUCGUUUAUCAAGAAGGGUCGGACCUUCAGGCCAGACACCAUUGUCCACUUCGCGUUCUGUAUUAUUGUGUGCUUCACGGGUCUACUUACGAUGGCCUUCAUGAUCGGUGAAUUCGCGAACCUAUUCAUCUCGUACAUCAACAAUGAAGUGGCAUACCGAAAGAAUCACAUCGCGGUUGAGCUGUACCUGGGGCGCUGGAAGGUAACAGGCGAUCUGAAGGCGCGGACACAGGCUUUUUUGUCCUCAUUGUGGUCGUCACACCGAGGUGUCGACUACCAAAGCUUCUUAGAGGGGGUGCCUUUGUGCAUUCGCACGGAUUCAAUCCUCGUGAUCGCACAAGCUCCUCUGCGCUCAUUUGCCAGCGAUAUUUUUCGACCUUUACCUCGCAGUGAGGAAAUGGGCGUUGUCGACAAAGUUAUGCAGGAUAUUGCACGUCACCUCAAGUUUGAGGGCUACCCGCGUGGAGAGAACGUAUUGGUGGAAGGAAGCAUCACAAAGUCGAUGUAUUUUGUCGUACGUGGUUACUUAUUUUCUACUAGUGAGGCGCAUUCAAACCGUGGUUCGAGCUACGGUAAGGGAACAUACUUCGGUGACAAGGGGAUACUUGUCUGCUCGGUCAGUAGGUGCACCAUUCGCACUCUAAGGGCGUGUGAUCUGCUGUCUCUGGGCCCGGAUUCCCUGCUGCGUGUACUACAAAGUCACCGCAUGACCAAGUUAGCGUACGAGAUCGCAAUGCACACGGUGCAGGUUAUCACAGCCCGAGACCGUGUUGCGUCUGGCGUGACAGCUACGGAAACGGAAUGGGGC